CAGAGCACGAAAUAAUAACAGGAUCAUGUGCCUUAUUUUCCUUUCUUUCGGCUUUGAACAAGGAUGCUUAAUUGUUCAACCACUCUCUAUAUAAUCUUUAUAAGUUUUUCCCCUCUCAUUAGUAGUGUGCAUGGUCAACGUCUUAACUCUAACAACUUCAUAUUUUGCUCCUAAAACAACCUCAUUCAUACAUCUUGUACAAACCUUAUUAAACCACUACCUAAACAUCCUUCCAUUCUCAUUCCAUAGUUCACCACAUUUUUGUUCUUCAGGUUUAGUUUGGAAGAAGAGAAAUGGAGGCGAAAACCGGAGCCGAGAAGAAGCAGCUAAUUUCACUGCUUCAAGGCAGUGAUGCCAUCUCCAUCAAUCGGGUUCUAGCGCGAGAACCCUCCAUCGGGCUUGGCCAAUCUUCGCGUAUAUAUUACCGGAAACCUGAGGGUGUUCCUUUCAACUGGGAGAUGCAGCCGGGGACUCCGAUUAACCGGCCAGAAGAAGAAGCAAUUCCACCCCUUAGUCCUCCUCCGCAGGUGCUAAGCUUGGGGUUGCCUAAGCCUUGUGUAGAUCAUCUUACUGAUGAACUAGAUCACUCAAAGGCCUGGUUCUGGAAGAAGAUCAAGAUUAUCUACAAAGAUAAGAAAACUCGAGCUCAAGCAUCUAAAGAGUCGGAUCCAAACAUACAAGAUAAAGAUUAUUCUGAAGGAGAUUUUGUAGCCUCAUCUUUCAACAACACGUUUACUGCUUCUUCCUCUUCCUUAUCUUCAAGCUCCUCAAAUGGUAAUGCUGUGGAAUCAUCAGGCGUUGUUAGUGGGGAACUUCUUGAAGGUUCAUUUUGCUGCAGUCCUUGGAACAUCUCCAAAAUCCUGGAUGAAGGAAGCAGGAAAGUGUACUAUUGCAGAAUCCACAAGGCAGCAUUUGCAGUAGAAAAUGAUGGUUGUUUGGUGGGAAAAAUUCUGCCCAGAGUAUCAUCAGUUGGGCAUUCUUUUCGUUCAUACUACCGAAGCUCUGAUGGGAUCCCUUUCAAAUGGGAAAUGCAGCCCGGAACACCGAUGAAUCCGCCCGAAAACGAGCUCAUUCCGCCCCCUAGUCCACCGCCUGCGGUUCAGAGUUUAGGACUAACACUUCCGAAUCUCAAUGACUCUGAUGAGGAAACAGAGAAAAGUAGUAGAAGCUCAAAGAUGGUAAAAAUUUGGUUCUGGAUUACCAACAAGAAAAUGCAGGGAACUGAAAAGGUAGGAGGAAUUAGGUGCUUGAGACUUGACAACAAUGCAACAGUAUCUGGCUGCUUGGUCGAUGAUGAUCGGAAAUGUGUCGAGUCAAAUGGUUCAAUCGCCGGCGGCCGGUCUUGUUCAUCAUCAUCAUCAAUCUCCUCCCCAAGUUCAAACGUUUCUGUCCCCAGAUCAAAUAGUUUGGUCAAAGUUUCCAAAUUUAGAAGGGAUUUUUUGGGUGGUUACUUCUGUUUCCAUCCAUCAACCUUGUAGUAUUUUGUGUCAUAUUCUUGUAACCUGUAAUAAUAAUUCACACACCC